GUUUAGAGCCACGUCUGUCCUGGCCUCGGUCCCGCCCACACACACUGUAGAAGCACUUCCGGAGUCGGGGUAUUCUGCUCCGCCCCGCCGCCGGUGCCUUGCUGGAAGCCCCGGCUCCCCCGGAAGUGGCCAGGGCCUGUCUGUCGGGGUCCCCUCCACCCCGCUGCUGUUGAGGGCCGCAGGGGCGGCGGCGAUGGCGGAGGCGGCGCUCUUGCUGCCGCCUGAGGCGGCGGCAGAGCGGGACGCUCGGGAGAAGCUGGCUCUCUGGGAUCGGAGACCCGACACGACGGCGCCGCUGACCGACAGGCAGACGGACUCGGUGUUGGAGCUGAAGGCGGCGGUGGAGAACCUGCCUGUGCCGGCCGAGCUUCCACUUGAAGACUUGUGCAGUUUAACAUCCCAGUCGCUGCCUGCUGCAGAGCCUUCAAUAGUACCUGAAUCUACAGAAGACAUUCUCUUGAAGGGUUUCAUUUCCUUAGAAAUGGAAGAAGAGAGAAUUGAAACUGCACAGCAGUUUUUCUCAUGGUUUGCAAAGCUACAAACUCAGAUGGAUCAGGAUGAAGAAACUAAAUAUAGACAGAUGAGGGAUUACUUGUCUGGGUUUCAGGAGCAGUGUGAUGCUAUAUUGAAUGAUGUAAACAGUGCUCUUCAGCAUCUGGAAUCAUUGCAGAAACAGUAUCUUUUUGUGUCCAAUAAGACAGGAACGCUACAUGAAGCCUGUGAACAGCUCCUAAAAGAACAGUCGGAACUUGUUGAUCUGGCAGAAAACAUUCAACAAAAGCUUUCCUAUUUUAAUGAAUUGGAAACUAUUAACACAAAACUGAAUUCUCCUACAUUGUCUGUUAAUAGUGAAGGAUUUAUACCUAUGCUGGCCAAGUUAGAUGACUGUAUAACAUAUAUCUCAUCUCAUCCACAUUUUAAAGAUUAUCCUGUAUAUUUGCUGAAGUUUAAGCAGUGUCUUUCGAAAGCCUUGCACCUCAUGAAGACAUACACUGUGAACACACUACAGAACCUCACCAGUCAGUUAUUGAAAAGGGAUCCUGCAUCUGUACCCAAUGCAGACAAUGCCUUCACAUUAUUUUAUGUGAAAUUUCGAGCUGCUGCUCCCAAAGUCAGAACUAUCAUUGAACAAAUAGAACAGCGAUCUGAAAAAAUACCUGAAUACCAGCAACUGCUGAAUGACAUCCAUCAGUGUUACCUUGACCAGCGGGAGCUUCUUUUAGGCCCUAGUAUCACCUGUACUGUAACAGAGUUAACCAGCCAGAACAACAGAGAUCAUUGUGCCUUGAUUCGCAGUGGCUGUGCCUUUAUGGUUCACGUGUGCCAGGAUGAGCACCAGCUUUACAAUGAAUUUUUCACAAAACCAACAUCAAAAUUAGAUGAACUUUUGGAGAAACUGUGUGUGUCGUUGUAUGAUGUCUUCAGGCCCUUGAUCAUUCAUGUUAUUCACUUAGAGACUCUAUCAGAACUUUGUGGGAUCCUUAAAAAUGAGGUGCUUGAAGAUCAUGUACAGAACAAUGCUGAACAACUGGGAGCAUUUGCAGCUGGAGUAAAGCAGAUGCUGGAAGACGUACAAGAGCGGCUAGUCUACAGAACCCACAUCUACAUUCAGACGGACAUCACGGGCUACAAACCUGCUCCGGGAGACCUGGCGUAUCCUGAUAAGUUGGUGAUGAUGGAGGUAGGGGCCCCUUCCUUGAUCUCUCCCUCAGUCCCACAUACCUUUUGGAUGUUUUGUACGAGUGAAGAUAGGAUUUUUCUUUUUAAUUCUCACUCAAGAUGUAAAAUCAAGAUAAACUUGGCCAUAAAAUCAUAGGAAAUAAAAUAAAAUAAAAUAAAAAUUGAACAGAAAUGAUCUGUUAGGUUGUUUUACCUUCAGGUUGUAUUUUAUAAUUCACUUCCCUCCCCUUUCUAGGAAAUAAUGUGUUCUCAAGUUUUAAAUUGAAUUUGUACUCCUUGUUAUUUCUCUCUCUCUUUUUUUUAAUAAAUGGCACAGAAGAGGGUUGAUAAUGUAGGAGCUACUGUAGUUGAUGGUCACAUAACCAUCCACAUGUCAUUCCGUCUCAUAAAAACCCUGGAGGACGUGUCCUCAAUUACACAGUGUUGAUGUCCAGUUUGUGGUUUGAAGACUUAGAUUUAUCUCACUGAUCAUUUAUCUCACUGAUUUAGUUGCAUAUGAAUACUUUCUUUCAGUGCUGGACAGAGUUUAAAUCAUGCUGAGGGUGUUAGUGCUAAAAUAGAAUUAGAAUCUAGAACCUGUAUUAUUAUUAUUAGUUUUUGAGAGAGAGGGAGAGAGGGCCUGUGCACACGAGUGGUAGAGGGGGAGAGAGAAACCCAAGCAGACUCUCUACUUCCUGCAUGGCUCGAUCCCACUACUGCGAGAUCAUGACCUGAGCUGACAUCAAGAGUCAGACGUUCAACUGAUUGAGCCACCCAGGGAGCCCAGAAUCUAGAACUUUCUUAAUGUAGGUUUCAAAUAUAAGCAAAAAGUAGAGUAAUACAAUGAACUCUUACAUACUCUUACAAACUCUUGUUUCACUUAGACCUCCAUUACUCCCCCUCCUCAUCAUUAGUUAUUUUUGAGCAAAUUCCAAACAUUUCACCAGUAAAUACUUCAGUAGGUAACUUUAAAAGGUAAGGGCAUGUAUUACUGUUUGUAGUGAAGUCUUUUUUUCCAGUUUCAUUAAAAAUAAUCAGCAUAUAUCAAUGUAUAAGCCUAAGGCAUAUAGCAUGAUGAUUUGACUUACAUACAUUAUGAGAUGAUUACACAGUAGGUUUAGUUAACAUUCAUCAUCUCAUAUGGAUAGCAAUAAAAAGAAAUUUCUGUAGGGGCUUCUGUGUGGCUCAGUCGGUUAAGUGUCUAAUUCUUGAUUUCAGCUCAGGUUGUGAGAUCGAGCCUUGCAUCAGGCUCUGCGCUGACAGCAUAGAGCCUUCUUGGGAUUCUUUCUCCCCCCGCCUUCCUUUGCGCGUGUGUCACACUCUGUCUCUCAAAAUAAAUAAACAUUAAAAAAAAAAAACCCAGAAAUUUCUCUUUGUGAUGAGACCUCUCAGGAUCUACCUCUCAACAACUUUCCUGUCUAUCAUAUAGUACUGUUAACUGUAGUUAUGUAGUCAUGUCAUACAUCAUAUUCCUAGUACUUAGUUAUCUUGUA